UCUGCUUUAUUGAUUGGACAAUGUGCACCAGCACAUUCACGUGAUUCUGAUAACCCAAAAUUCUUUAUCGCCUCUUUGUUAACUGGGUCCUUGUUUUCCAGAGCAGCUCACAUCAAUAAGAGAGAGAUCCUCUGCCAUCAGGCCUGCAAACGAAAGUUUAAAAGGAAGAAGGAGAAGAGCAGUCCUUCAAAGUCAGGAUACAGCGUCCACAUCGGCAUCAUGGCCUCAAACUCGGGAAUUGUUGUUGAUGACGGGGAGAGCAGCAAGAAUUGUACACUGGAGAGAUGCCUGAAUGUAUUUCGAGAUGCGAGCAAUGACAGCGAACAGUUUGCAGCUCUGCUUCUGGUGACCAAAGCAAUAAAAGCAGGGGAAAUCAAUUCCAAAGCCCGUCGGAGGAUUUUCGAUGCCGUUGGCUUCACAUUCCCACACCGGCUUCUGACUUCCAAGGAGCCACCUGAGGGCUGCCCCCAGCACACGUUCCAAGCUCUGGGUCUCACUUUGCUGACCUGUUUCUGCACCGAUCCAGAUUUAGCCCGGCAUCCGCAGAUCCUUAACAAAAUCCCAAUUUUCAGUGAUGUGAUUUCAGCCGGCAAGACCAGAGAUGCUUCGUACAGUGCCAUGAUCGAUGAUGCCUACCAAUGCCUCAGAGCUAUCUUGGCUACCCCCAAGGGUCCCAGGGAGUUGAUCAACAGGGGGGCUCUCUCUGCCCUCUGCCUGGCCUAUGUGAACCACAGCUAUGGCUAUGAUCAGGCCCUUCAGCUGCUGGUGGGGCUUCUGACAUCAGCGGAAUCCAAGUGUUGGCAGAGGGCUACUUCUGACCUCAUGAGUGUGCUUAAUGUCCUCAGUGUGGAGUUCCAGAAGGCUGAAGACAUGGCCAAAUUCCAGCUGUGUGAAGUGCUGGCCCGCUUUGUGCCUCCCCUUCUCCCCCCCGGCUCUGAAUGUCUCCUGCCCCUCUACCGAGGCCUGUCAAGCAUCUUAACAAGCAAGCUGAGCGCCUCCCAGCGAGACCCUGCCUUGAAGCUGACCGCCUGCCUCUCCCAAGCCUGCAGUUCAGCCUGGAUCCCAGCCGGCAGUGCUGGCAGCAAAUUUUUUGCCCUCUUGAUCAACUUGGCUUGUGUGGAAGUCCGCCUGACCUUGGAGGAGCUGGACCUGACAGAAGUGGAUAAGAAGCGGGAACUGAUGGCUGCAUGCUACGUCCUGAUGGAACUCGCGAUUGUGGAAUGUACACGGGAGAAAGGCUCUCUCCUCCAAGAGACGCAGAAAGUGCAGCUGGUGGGAAUCCUGGAAGAAGCUCUGGGGGCUGUCAUACAUUACCUGAGACAGGUUGGGCAGAAGAAGCUGGAGGAUCCUUUCAUCUUUGCCUCUGUUCGAAUCCUGGGGGCCUGGCUGGCCGAGGAGACCUCUUUCCUCAAGCAGGAGAUCUGCGACCUCCUCCCCUUCCUCAUUUAUUACGCCAAGGUGCAGUUUGAAGAGGAGAGGAGAAGCAGACGAAGCGCUUCACAGUCUGAAAAGGAGCAGGCUGGACAAGGCACCAUCCCAGAGCCUCUUUGGCGGGGCGAUGCUCUGAGAUUUCUGUUACCUGGUUUAAGCCACUUGACUGCAGAAGAUCGCCCCCGUGAGAUCCUAAUUUCUGAGGGGGCGCCUGUUCUCUUGUGCCAGUAUUUCCUGCACCGUUGGGAGACCUUUGUUUCAAACACUGAGUCCCUGUCUGCUUCAAAAGCUAUUGAAGCCAGUCUUCAAACAUCCUGUGAAAUUUUCCUGAAUUUUGUUGUCACUGCUCCCGAUUUAAUCAGCCGAGAAGAUUGUUUUUCAGCCUUGAUGGAUACAGUGCUGAAAUCUCUUCCUUCUCUGCUGCCGCAGAGAGAACAUCUUACUUUGAGUGCCAACCUGGCCACGCUGGGGCUAAUGAUGGCGCGGAAGCUGUUCGCUUAUCCAGGUCUCCAGGGGACUCCUGAAGCGGAGAGCUUCUUUGGCGCUGCCAUCCGUUUCCUCGCCGAAGCCUACAUGGCCCAAGCCAACCCUGAGGGGGGGAUCGUGACCCUGGGCGUUUCCCCGGCCUACAAGGCUGCCUGGCCAGCCAUCCGCGAGUUGUGGUUUUUGGGAAUGCAGGCCUUUGCUAGCUGUGUGCCCCUCUUCCUGUGGCUCCCCCAGGACGUCCUGCGUUCUGGCUGGCUUCAGGAUCUGCUGGCCUUGCUGGGCCGCGUGGUGCCAUCUUCAGUGGACAUGGAGGUGGUGAGAGCUUUCCAGGGCGUCCUGGUGGAGCUGGCCAGAGCCAGCCAGCCAUGCUUGGAGAGGAUCCAGCAACACCGGGGCUUGGAGCUGGCCAGUCUGUAUGGCAUGGCCGCUUUAGAACAGUGUCUCUCCGAGCAGUGAGCGUGCUCGGGAAGAGGUGGUGGGAGAAAGAUGCGUUCUCCCAGAAGUCGCGGCUUCCCUCUGUGUCACGCAGGGGGCGGCUCUAUCGUAGGGGAGAUAGUGUAUGUCCGGCCUCUCUUCUUAACCAGGUAGCUUGCACAAAGUUGUACAAUGUAAUAGGGGUUGGUUUAUUUCUUCAUCAUUCUUGAUUAUUUAUUUAUUUAUUUAUUUAUUGGGGAGGUUUUUCUGCCAUCUUUCAGGGUGGCAAAAGACUCCCGAGGCAGCUCACAGAAAUAAUGAACACACACACAUGCACACAGAGGCAAGCUUUUAGAAAUUUAAAGAACAGCAUAAAGCGACUCAAAUUCAUAAUAGGGAUGAUGAUGAAGAUGAUGAUGAUGAUGAUGAUGAUGAUGCAACAGUUAAACUAUCCAGCCCCAAUAUGGUG